AUGGCAACACGCGCAAAGCUCCUCCGGGGCGUCACCAAUGGGAACUGUAGCCGCGUUUCUAAUCUCAUGGCCCCAGCGGCUAACCGCAACCUUCCCAAGGCGGCGACUCGUCUUUCUUCGGCCGUGUGCCGCUCAUCAGCCGUAUCACAAAGCUGCUCCGUGGGGACGUCGGCUCCGAGGACAUCGAGAUCAUUUUCCAGCACAUCAGCUAGUCUUACCGCGAAGCUUACGACGGAAUCAUAUCCUAGUUUGACGAGAGACACCAGAUUUGCCAAGUUGACACCUGAGCAUGUGGCCUUCUUCAAGGAGCUUCUCGGCCAGGACUCUGCUGUCAUUGAUGGUGUUAAUGCCGAUGCUGCUGCUGAUAUUGAGCCCUUUAAUGAAGAUUGGAUGCACAAAUACAAGGGCCAAUGUCGUCUGGUGUUGAAGCCUGGAUCAACGGAAGAUGUCAGCAAGAUUCUGCGGUAUUGCAAUGAGAAUAUGCUAGCCGUGGUGCCGCAGGGAGGUAAUACAGGGUUGGUGGGUGGUUCGAUCCCGGUGUUUGACGAGAUUGUCAUCAGCAUGGGAAGAAUGAAUACGAUUCAUUCAUUCGAUGAGAUGAGCGGCUCACUCGUGUUGGAUGCCGGCUGCAUCUUGGAGGUGGCAGAUCAGCAUGUUGCUGAAAGGGGCUACAUCUUUCCCCUGGAUCUGGGGGCCAAGGGUUCUUGUCAUGUUGGUGGUAAUGUGUCGACAAAUGCCGGUGGCCUGCGGCUGUUGCGGUACGGCAGUCUUCACGGAAGUGUUCUGGGUAUGGAGGCUGUCUUGCCGGACGGCACCAUCAUGAACGACAUGUGCACCUUGCGCAAGAACAACACGGGCUACGACCUGAAGCAGCUCUUCAUUGGUGCUGAAGGCACUCUCGGAAUAAUCACUAAGCUGGUCGUGCAGUGUGCCCAGCGCUCGCCCGCCGUCAACGUUGCUCUGUUUGGUAUCGAAUCAUAUGAGAAGGCCCAAAAGGCGUUCCGCGAAGCCAAGCUCCAACUGUCGGAGAUCCUCUCAGCCUUUGAGCUCAUGGAUGGAACCAGCCAACGUCUUGUGCACAAAGUCCGCGGUGGGACGAAGCCCUUGGAAAACGACUAUCCCUUUUAUUGCCUGAUCGAGACCAGUGGCUCCAACAGUGAACACGACUACGAAAAGUUGGAAAAGUUCCUGGAAGAUGUCAUGUCAAACGAAGUCAUUGCCGAUGGAGUGGUUGCCCAGGAUGCCACGCAGAUCAAGACUCUGUGGAGCUGGCGGGAGGGCAUCACAGAAUGCAUCGGCCAUUGGGGUGGAACGUACAAGUAUGACGUCUCGAUUCCGCUUUCAGACAUGUACUUGAUUGUGAAUGAUGUCAAGGCCAGGCUGUCCGAUGCUGGACUCCUUGGCGAAACGGAUGACCAUCCCGUUGUGGAUGUUCUUGGCUAUGGCCACAUGGGCGACUCGAACCUCCAUCUCAACAUUGCCGUCAGACGGUACGACAAGGAGGUGGAAAAGGUUUUGGAGCCCUACGUUUACGAAUGGAUCGAAAAACGACAGGGAAGCAUCAGCGCGGAGCAUGGUCUGGGCCUGGCAAAGAAGAACUAUAUUGGGUACAGCCGCAAUGACACCAUGAUUGGUCUGAUGAAGCAGAUCAAGGCAUUGUAUGAUCCGAAGGGCAUCAUGAACCCAUACAAGUACAUCUAG